GCGAGCCCUCCCCUCCUGUUUCUCUCCGCCUGGAAAGAUGGCUGCUCCGGUGGUGGUGAGAAGCUCCGGCCCGGCGCUCUGCCCGAGCUUCGCGGAGGUCUGUUCGUUUCUGGAGCGAUACGGAGCGGUGCUGGAUCUGCCCGAGAUGACUUUCCCGCAGAUGGAGAGGUAUCUGCGGGACACAACGACAGUUCCUAAACCUCUUGUGGAGCUCCACGUGAAGCUGCUCAGAAAACUGGGGAGAUCUGUGACUGCUGACCGCUGGGAAAAAUACCUGGCUAAGGUUUGCCAGGAGUUGAACAGUACCUGGGCAUGGGAGCUGGAGCAGAAGGGCUACCAGGAGAUGUCCAUGGAGUGCAAGUCAUGCAUCCUCAAAUAUCUCUGCGAGUGCCAGUUUGAUGACAACUUAAAGUUCAAGAUGGCGAUUAAUGAGGAGGACCCUGAGAAGAUGCGUCUGCAGCCUAUAGGUCGAGACCAGCAGGGCCUGAUGUACUGGCUUCAGCUGGACCAGGAGCAGAACAUCCGACUGUACACAGAGGAACAGGACGAUCUGGACGGAUCUACCUGGAAGUGCAUUGUUAGGACUCGCAACGACCUGGCUGAGGCUCUGGAACUGCUGAAGGCCCAAGUUGAACCAAAACAGAAUCAGGACCAGGACCAGAACGAGAACCAGAAUCAGGCUGGAUCCAGGAGUGCCAGUCCCACAGAGAAAGAUGCAGGGGAUGAGGCCAUUGGAAGCACCAAGCCUGAACCCUCCAAGACCACAGAGAAACACGCUGAUAGUGAGAAGGCUGAGCCUGUAAAGGAAGAGGGACCCCUAUUACAAGCGAUAAAGCAGGAGGAGACGCAGCCUACCAAGCAGGAAAACACUGUGGCUAAGGUGAAAAUAGAGAGGAUGGACCACAAAUCAUUGGCUGUCUUUAAUAACCGUGUGAGCACGAUCACCACCGUCAUCAAAUCAGAAUCCAGGGAUGCUGACAUUCCCAAAAACGCUGUCUCUGUCGUCAUGGCACCAGGUGCAACUGUAACAAAACAGGAAAUGAACAAGGAGGAGGAAGCUGAACGGGCAGUCGUCAGGAGCAACCAGCAAGCCAAGAUACCACUGAAAAAGAGGGAGCUUAAGAUUGCUGAGAGCUACCACAGCAACCACCUUAACAACAGUACCAGCAGUAGUAUUAUUGUCUGUAACCCUUCAGUGAUCCAGACCAAGGACAGUCAUGGAAAAGAGGGGAAGUUGACGAGCCCGUUAGCGCCACCUGGAGGUCCAUCUGCCUCACAACCACAGCAGCAACUAGUGGUCACUGCAUCGAGGCAAGAAUUGAGCAACGGGAGACCAUCUCUCCCAUUGCCGCACAAAGAGGGACAAAACGGAGUCAUAGGAGUUAUAGGUCAAGUCGGUGUUGUAGGUCAUGUAGGGGUCAUCCGUAGCCCAUCUGAGCGUCACAGAGCCCCCAGUGCUGAGCACCAGGAACAAAAUGGGCCCAGUUUAGACCACUGGGGUUCCAGGGCUGUGGAGGAAGAGAGGGAGAUGAGCCGGCAAUCAGUGCUGGUAAGGAAGGGGCCGGUUGAAGGGGAGACUGCAGCAACAGCUGCCAUUGCUCAUCUUCCUCCUGCGGCAAUGGAGGCUCAAACAGCUAGAAAACUACCUUUGUCAUCUUUAAAAUCUGACCCACUCCCUGAAACUUCAGAGAAAAAAGUGGAUUCUGUUAAUGUGUCUUCACUGUCACAGACCACAGAGGACCUCAAAAGACAGACAGCAGAAGACCAGAGUAAAAAAAUAACAGAGGAGCAGUUAGACAGGGGGACAAAAACUGGGCACAGCAGUCGUCAACAGAAGGAUGAGAACGUGGAUGAAAAGGAGGAGAGGAGAAGAGAAGUGUCUGGGCACCCCAUGGCAGAAGAAGGAAGCAAAGAUGACCAUGAAAAGAGUAAAAGCACUUCAGGAAAGUUGGAGGCAGAAUCAGGGAGCACUGCUCCAUUUCAAAAAGCAGACCAGCAGGGAGAUGGGGUCAAUGGUAGGUCGACUGCCCAGGUUAGGGGGAAGGACACUGGGCUUGGAUCAGGGGAGAGGCAGGGUCCCCUGGAGGAAGCUUCCUCUGAGCUCCAAAAAGAAGGAAUCAGGUUAAAGAUCAAGAUUCCUCCGCACCGCAGAAACAAGUUAAGGGGGAAAGGGGGAAUGGAGGAGGAGAAAGAGAGGGAGCAGGAGGUGCACGAGGAAGGGAGGCCGCUGAGGAGAUCUGCAAGGAUUUGCAGAUCAUCUGCUUUGCCAACCUGCAGGCCGAGCUCAAAGGUGGCUGAGAGCCAGAGAAAGAAACCACAAAAAAAACAGGCACUGCCUACCAGAACGAGAGAAGAAGAGGAGGAGGAGGGAGAAGAAGAAGAUGAAGGGGAGCAGAGCUCAACUACAAAGAAAGACAGAAAAACAGAACUUGUCAGGCAAAUUAGGAAACAGAGGGGUAAACGGAGGCAUCGACGGCCCCGAUGGUCCAACAUUCGUGCCAAGAGACGCAAAUUGAAUGAGGGAGAGGAGGUGGAGGACAGAGGCAGGAAACGAGCAGAGGGGGAGAGCGAAGGAGGGAGCGACUCAGAAGAAUCUUGUAAAUCAGAGGAGAUUCCCAGUGAGGAUGCCUGCAGUCACUGUGGCCUGCCCAACCACCCUGAACUGAUCCUGCUCUGUGACUCUUGUGAUAGUGGAUACCACACUGCCUGCCUGCGGCCACCACUCAUGUUGAUUCCUGAUGGAGAGUGGUUCUGCCCACCCUGCCAACAUAAGCUGCUGUGUGAGAAACUGGAGGAGCAGCUGCAGAACCUGGACAGUGCUCUGAAGAAAAGAGAGAGAGCAGAGAGGAGGAGGGAACGGCUGGUGUACGUGGGAAUCAGUGUGGAGAACAUAAUACCUGAGGGAGAUGAGGGGGAAGAGGAGUCAGCAAAGUCGACAAAAAAGAAAGAUCCUAAAAAGAGCAAAAAUCUGGGGAGGAGAUCAACCAGAACCAGGAAGCACAUCAGCUACAGAUUUGAUGACUUUGACGAUGCCAUUGAUGAAGCUAUAGAGGAGGACAUCAGAGACCUCUGUGGAGCAGGUCGAGGCAGAGACAUCAACACUAUCCUGUCAGAGGAAGGAAAGGAGAGCCAGCGGCCAAUCAGAAGCCAGGCUCCUUCGGCCAGGAACAGGAAGAAGAGGAGACUGAAUGACCUGGAGAGUGACAGCACAGCAGCAGAAAGUGAAGACGAGUUCAUGCUCAGCAACAGCUCAGAGGAUGAAGACUUUGGUGCGUCAGGGGCUGAUGAUGACGAGGAUGAAGAUGAAGAUGCGGGCAGCGACAUGGGCAGCUUGGACAGUGGGACCCGCCCCAGACGGGCAGUGAGAGGCGUACCUAAGCACCGACCCAGCAGGCCCCAACGCAGGGGCAGGAAACGGCUGAGACGGCGGCGGAGGCGCUCAGAGGAGGAGGAGGAGGAAGACAGUGAUGAAGAAAUGGGCUCGGAUCAGUUCAGCGACAUGACUGACAGUGAAACUGACAAAAAAAGGCGGGGUCUGAGACGUGGCCAGCGCCAGCAGGUGAACUACUGCGAGACGUCUGAAUCAUCUGACAACUCCCGGGCCUCCGCCAAGAGGAUUAAGGUUAAACCCCGUGGCAGACCACGCAAGGAGCAUCUCUCGAGUGACUACAGCAAUGUGUCGCCUUCCUCCAGAGAGUCAGAGGAGGAUGAUGAUUAUGAAGAUGAAGAGGAAGAUGACCAGAGAAGACGAGUGAACAGGAGGAGAAGAGAGGAGGAACAUCUCCGGGGACGCAGAACGAGAGAGAAGGGGAAGAGAUAUGAACAUGACGAGGAUGACGAGGAUGACAGAGAGAGAGGGAGGCGGCUGAGACGGAAAUUAUCAGAGAAGGAGAAGGACAAAGACAAGUGGAGGAGGUUAAGGAGGACAGAAAGAGAAGAGGAAGACUUGGAGAAGAUGGGCAGGGGGAAGAGGAGAGAGAUACUGUCACAGCAGCGACGCAAACGGCUCGCUCAGAUGCUGAAAAAAAGGCGACCUUCAACGGAUGAUGAGGAUGAGGAAGAAUCAGAGGAAUCAGAGUCAUCAUCGGAAGAGGAUCGUCCAGUCCGUAAAAGACUCAACCGCAUCGACUCUGAUGAUGAUGAAGAGGAAGACGAGGAGGAGGCGGAUGACGAGGAGGGAAGGCAGAAGACGACGACGAUGAAGAAGUGUUCAGGCGGGGAGAGGAGGGCCGACAGUGACACUCAGGAAAAGGGGAGAGGCCGUAGCCUGUCUCCAUCAAACGGACAUCGGACCUCCAGAGGCCCGGCGAAGCCUGGGGCUGGAAGUCCCGCUGUGCCCAGGGACAGUGCAGGAUCAGGCAGGCAGGGCAGGCACAAUGGCCCCUUACAUCCAGAGGAGGAGGAAGAGGAGGAAGAGGAGGAGGAGGGCCAGACAGACUCAUUAAACUCUGUCCAGAACAGUCCACAGUCAUGAUGGCUGUGUUUGUGUGAAUAACGCUCGCUUCUUUGUUUUUUGUUUUAACUGUCAGGCCUUUUACCCACAAACCACCUUUGAAACUGGAUAUCUCUCUCCCUCCACCUCUUCCCCUUCUUACUCUCCUGUCUUGCUCUUCCUCCUCGCUGUUGUAUUGUGUUAGAGUGCUCUCCACUGUCACAUAAUGUAAUUCACAACACAAGCUCAUGACAUUUUCACUCGUCGUCACUUCUGGAAUGUUAACAGCCGGCCGGCCGGACCAAAGGCAUCUUUGCACCAGGACUGGCAGCACUUCAUGUUUCAAUGGAUGCACUCACACACAGCCAGAGGUCAUUGUGUUCCCUGAACUCUGGAGUUACAGACAUCUCUGUGGUGGGUCCAUGUGGCAGGAUGAUAGUUAUGAUAGAUGAGGGUUCAUCCCAUUUGGGGCGGGUUGAAGUGGUCACAGGAGUCUGUUUGUAGUGUACCUCAACCUAAAGCACUUCAUCAUUCUCAUAGCACUUAAUAACCCACCGCCAAGGAGAGUGUCAGUGUUGAAUCGAACACUUUGGAUCCUGUGACCUGAUGGUUUGAGAGACCAGACCUCCCCAUAAUAAAAGCACAGUUCUUACUUACCUCUACUCUUAUCUACCAGUCCGGGUUUUGAGAUUUCUUAGAUUUUUUCCUCCACCUGAAUACAAUGGUCCUCACAAUAGUGUUUUCAUUGCUGUGGUGCUGUACUGGAAAAAUAGUAGCCUAAGGGGUUAAGGGGUAUAUCACAACCACAACAGGGGCAUAUGUUGCAUGUCAUACCUCUCUUUCUCUCCCCAUGUUUCUUGUCUCUCUCUAUUAAAAUAAAAGACAAAAAAAUAAUCUAAAAAAAACUGUUAACUCUAAGUUAGAGUUAACAGUUUUGAAGUGCCAUUUUUUUUCAGUACAGUGAUCACCACAAAUUAAAAAAAGGAUUCGCGUCCAUUGUGUUGGGGGUGGUGUCAGAAAUCUCAGACAGAUGAAUCAAACCUGGCAUAAAUUAAACCAAAACUAUCUGCAUGGCUGGAUACUAUUAAAGAAAUACUUUACCUACAAAAUGGUCAUUUGUAAAUCAGUCAUGUUGUGUUACCUUGAAUUUUGUGAGAGAAACUUUCUUGUAUGCCUCCACGGAAAACGGUAAACAUAUUGACUUGUUGAUUGAUUGGGAACCACAUUUAACAACAGCAAUAAUGUAUCAAAACAUCUGUUUACAAACUCUCACACAACUUGUGCAGUAUAAUCCAAAUCUUAUUUAACCAGUCCUAUGCUCAGUACUUCCCAAAUACAUGGAUUUUCUCUAAAACCUUUUGAUUCAAGACUGAACUGAAAGUGAAUUUAUGCUCGCUUCAAAGCCAGACUGCAUUGACAAAAACAGUAAUUUUACCUUGCUGAACACAGGAGCUGCUGGUCUACCACUGCCUCUGUCAGUUAGUUUGUUUGUAUUGUGUGACUUUAGUGUGUUUAAGGGUUAGUUCAAAUUCAGUAACUGUAACACAAACAAACUGACAGAGGCAGUGGUAGACCAGCAGCUCCUGCGUCCAGCUAGGUAAAAUUACUAGUUUUGUUAAUGGAGUCUGGCUUUGAAGCAAGCAUGGUUAAGUUUCACGUUCAGUUCAGUACCCCCUCCGAAAGAGCUGCCUGUCUGGGAAAUAAUGAGCAUAUGACUGGAUGAAUGAGACUUCAAUUACACUGCGCAAAUUGUGUGAGAGUUUGUAGACUGAUGUCUUGAUAUAGUUUUGCUGUUGUUAAAUGUGGACCCCAAUCAAUCAAAUACAGUCAAUAUGUUUUUCUGUUUCUGCGGAGGCAUGUGGAAAAAAAAAACAAAGUUUUCUCCAGGAAUUCAAGGAGGUAACAUGGUAUGACUAACUGAUGUACAAAUAUUCAUUCUGUGGGUGAAGUAUUCCUUUAAGAAAAAAUAAGUAGGUAAGAAAAUGUUUUUUUUAGUAAUUUGGCUGAAUCGACUCUUGAGACGAGAUGCUUCUCCGCCAUCCUGGGCAAAUCGUGAUCCAAUAAAACAAAUAAUGUAGAGCAGCCAGUGACAGCCUUUUUACAUGGAUAUGACAGUGAUGAUCAGCUCAACAUGCUAACUACUGAGGUAGUUUAACUGAACCAGCUCCUCCUCCCUGUUAAUGGUGCAUUCAAGUGCACCUCAACAACUCGUACAGUCUACACAGUGCUUAAUACCAGUGGUAAACUCCAUGACACUAGAGUUUACUCUAUAAAUUAUGUUUGCCUUAAAUGAAGGACACUUUUUAUCAGAAACACCAAACCUUCUCUGCCUGCAGCCUCUCAGCUGUGAAGACUUAACUCCCUUGUAAUGUGCAAUUUUCCAGAUGGCUACCAAGGUGUAGAUGCAGCAUGUUAGUAAUGAACGCUAAAUACAGUGACUUAAUGUUAUUCAAAUUGAUAAGGAUCACCUGAACAGAUUUUGGAAAACUGACCCCCAGGCAGUUUAUGAUGGAUUGGUUCAAUUUGUGAUCCUGUUAACUGCAAAGAAUUCAGUAGUUAUGUCUUCAGAUUUAGGAAUAUCUGAUCUAUAAAUAUAGACUUUGAAGCAUCCACACUGUCAUUCAAACUUAGUUUUCCAGUUACCUAACUGGGGUUAGAUCAUGAAACUCAAACUUUUGGAAGAUGUAAAGAAAAUCAACAGUAACAUGUAGAAUCCUAAUUCAUUUGAUGUUUAGAGCUGAACAAGGUUCUGUCCGACAGCCAAAGUGUUCGGUUUCAGACUGGUCACUCAUUGGGUCCAUAUGUUCACAGGACCUUGGCUCGGUGGGUCCAUGUUUGCUGUACAUACUCUGCCUGUACGCUGUUCUUUGUAAGAUAAUAGAUGUUCUGAUCUCUUAGUCCUCUUGUAAAAUAUAGUGUUAUAUUUUCUAUAUGAAGGAGCAGAGGAGAGAUGCUGCUGUGAGUGAUGUGUGGAUCGAUAAGGUUUCAACUGCGAGUUCAUCAACGGUUUGCUUGUUUUGUUUGAGAUUCUGCGGCCGUUGACUGUGUGAAAUAAGACCAGCGUGGAGCCCGUUCACCAGGGGAAAUGUCACAGGAUUGUUGCAAAGAGCUGGAUACUGCUUACUUUUAGCCCUGUGUUGUACAUCUUUGAAGGUUUUCAACAUUUCAGGAGGAGGGAACAAAGCUUUAUUUACUGAUCACACUCAAACAACUUUGUUUUCUCUACCAGUCAUCUUAGCUUCUGAAUAACCAUCACUGAAGGGAUUUACACAGUUUUAUCUGGUAUAAUAGUGGCAGAUAAAUUUUGGGGUUGACUGUGGUCUCUUUGUUUGGCAUAAUGGAAGAAUUCCUUCAACUUCAUGCAGUCAAAUCACUGUUUAGGCUUUAAAUGACUUUUAUCCUGCUGUGAGCUGUUAAUGGGAAGAGGCUAGCCUGGUUUAACUCUGAAUACCAUGUUGCUCCCCCUAACCCUGAAUUUCUAAUGAUUUCCCCUUUUAAAUGCAGAAUGUUAGAUUUAAAAGUUACUGAUGACCGGAGGUGUGAACUCGAGUCACAAUGCUUAGACUUGAGUCAGGCAUGAAUCACAAAUUUGAUGACUUUAACAAAAUCAGAAAAGACUUGGAACUUUGACUUUUAACAACAACGACUCUUGAUUCACAUCCGAUGUGCUCGUGCUUUAUUUUCCUUGCCUCUUUAUUUUCAAAACCACCUGGUUGUCUCUCCUAAUGAGCCUCACACUGCAUGAGAGUAUAAUAUAAUGAGCCCUGGUUCCAAACAGAGAACAAAGGCAAUCAGCUGAAGUCACCAAAAACAUUUCAACUAGUAUUAUAUUUGAAUUGGCCUUCAUCCAAGUCAUGGAGUUCACUUUCUUUUCAACUUUGAAGCUUUUGAGGUGCAAUAAACACAUUUGUUUUCAGAAAACAAAACACACUUCUAGCAGUUCUAGCAUCUUCUUAAAUCUAGUCCGAGGCUUUUAAUAUUUCUUUAUUUUAAGAUGUCACAAAACACUACUGAAUAAUUCAUUUGAAAAACAUUAACUUUUAUACAGUAAAAACUUGUGUAUUCUGUGCACAGUUUAUGGUCACGUCGGGUGGGAAACAGUCUUUCAGGGUCAAACUUCCAGUAAAAGAGUAUUUUUUUAACAUCUGUGGGGAAAUGCUUCAGUCACUUGUCAGGGAACAUAAAAUGUAAAAAGAUUUUUUUAAA